AUGAGGACAGAGAAGAGUAAUAUGGCCAGGAAGAUACAGCAGCUCUCGCCAUUACCCAUGGUUUUAGUUACCGUGUUCAACUGUAUUUUGAAAGCCCAGCUAGCUCGAUUUGACAGCCUGGAGGAGCUGAAUUUCCUGAAGAGAUACAAAGGGAAUUUUGACUACUGGAUUGGCCUGCGCAGGAACUCACCAGAGCACCCUUGGAGAUGGACAGACAACACUGAAUAUAACAGCUUGGUUCCCAUCCGAGGCGUGGAAGAACAUGCUUACCUGAACAACAAUGGCAUCAGCAGUGCCCGGGUCUAUGCAGACAGGAGAUGUAUCUGUAGCAAGCCCAACAGCUAUACACUUCAGUGCCGAAUCCCUUUUUCUUCUUUCUAGUCUUUGCCAAGAGGUGCUUUGUAACCUGCCAUCUACAGUUGCUGCUCCAUCCCAAAUAGUUUGCCAACAUUGCUAUCAAAAAUUCUCCAUAUCAUAAAUGAAAACCACCAUGGUGACACCCACCUUUAAUCCCAGGAAGCAAUGGCAGGAAGCAGAAAGGUAUAUAAGGCAUGAGGACCAGAAACUAGGUCUUGUUAAGCUUUUAGGCUUCUAGCAGCAGUUCAGCUGAGAUCCAUUCAGAU